AUGGAAGUUAAAGCGGGAUCAAUUGAUAACGAAUGGCAUAACUGUGAUUACGAAAUCAAAGAGCAGGAUCGAUAUUUACCAAUAGCCAAUGUUGGUAGGGUGAUGAAAAAGGCACUCCCAGCACAUGCCAAACUAUCCAAGGAAUCCAAAGAAUGCAUUCAGGAAUGUGUUAGUGAAUUCAUAUCAUUUAUAACCUCUCAAGCAGCAGAUAAAUGUAAGAUUGAAAAAAGAAAGACCCUAAAUGGAGAAGAUAUCUUAUGGUCAAUGUUUACUCUCGGGUUUGAAAACUACGCAGAGACAUUGAAAAUAUACUUGGCCAAGUACAGACAGGUAUCUGUCGAUUCGACAUGCUUCCAAAGAUCAGUUGGAUCUCAAUGA